CUGUGUCGCAUGAUUUUGCAUGGAUAUGUUUAGCGAGAUUUACCAGUUGCACGAGCAGUAUAUCUGUACAAAAGUAUGCAGUUGCAUAGAGAUCCAAUUAUGCCUACCUUAAUUGGACAGUGUUAAAUGUGACUCGAUGUGUGAGGUUUAUAAGUGAGUAUUUCUAAAAUGACUGCACCGCUUAAGUGCGACUGGAGGGACAGUAUACUGAACCAGUUGCAGGAAAGGAAUCGAACUGAAACAAAGCUCUUUCAGGAUCUGAUAUUGCAACACAACAAAGUCUUUGAUAACUCAAAUCGACUCUACUUGGAAAAUUUGCAGUUGUCUAUACAAAACGAGAAAUUGAAAACAGAAGGUGGCGGUUUAGGUGCGAACAGUUCAAGCGUGAGUGACUUACGAUUGCAAGAAAAAAUACAACAGUUGGAACAAAAACUGUUAGCUAAUGCUGAAGAAUUAACACAGCUGCAUAGGAGGAAAGGUGAAAACUCGCAGCAAAUAAUAGACUUAAAUGCAUUGUUGCAGGAAAAAGAGAAAUUACUAGCCACAAAAGACAUAACUUUGGCUGACAAUGCCGCAAAAAUUAUUAGUUUACAAGCCGAGGUUUCCUUGUUGGAGCAGUCUAACAAAGAAUUAAAAUACCUAAAUGAUACUUUGAGAGAUGAACAUCAAGCGUUGCAACUUGCCUUUUCCUCUAUUGAGGAGAAAUUGCGGAAGAUCCAAGAUGAAAACCGCCACCUUGUCGAACGGUUAAUAAAAUACAAAGCCAAAGAUGCGGAUCGGAUGAACGAAGAGAACGACAACUUCCUCCGUAACCGUUACAAACGCAUGCAAAAAGAAAUUGAGGAAGCUUGCAAAGAAACUCGCGGAACCUCCCCUGAACAACUAGUCGAAGGUGUUGGACCUCCGCUGUGCGAGUUUACUUUACCGACAAGAAUAACGGUGAAAUUCGACGCACACGAAGGAGAAGUUAGCGCCGUUAAGUGGAACCCUGUGGACCGUCUUGUUGCCACGGGUGGUGCCGAUAGAAAACUGAAAUUGUGGGACGUCUCCAAGGGCGUCAGUGAAUGUAAAGGAUCCUUCGUUGGAAGCAAUGCAGGUGUAAUGGCUGUUGAUUUUGAUUCUUCUGGCACUUUAAUCUUAGGCGCUUCCAACGAUUAUGCUACGAGAGUAUGGACUGUCGGCGAUCAAAGACUACGACACACCCUGACCGGUCAUUCCGGGAAAGUGAUGGCAGCUAAAUUUCUAGGCGAUGCAUCAAAAGUCGUCACUGGCAGCCACGACCGAACCCUCAAAAUCUGGGACCUCAAGAGCAGGGCCUGCAUAGAAACCAAAUUUGCUGGUUCUAGCUGCAACGACGUGGUAACGGUUGACAGUACCGCAUCGAUAAUAAUAAGCGGCCACUUUGAUAAGAGCAUACGAUUCUGGGACAGCCGGUCAGAAUCCAGCGCUGACAACAUCGUGUUGAACGGCAAAGUGACUUCUCUAGAUCUGACGAAGGACGCUAAAUAUCUUGUAUGCUGCGUGAGAGACGAUACGUUGAAGUUACUCGACCUGAGAAUGAACCAAGUGGUGACUGUGUUCAGUUGUGAGGGUUUCAAAGUGAGUUGCGAUUGGGACAGGGCCACGUUCAGUCCCGACGGGCAGUACGUGGCUGUGGGGUCGGCAGACGGCAGCGUCUACAUCUGGGGUGUGGCCAGCGCCAAGGUGGAGAAGAUUCUCAAGGAGCACGGCUCGGCCGUCACGGCAACUGCUUGGUGCCCGUUUGCCACUUAUCUGGCAGGGGUGGAUCGGUCGAGGAGGGCCGUUAUAUGGAGUGAUAACGUGAUCUAACUAUGUGAUUUGUCGGGUUUUUGUAUGGAGUUUAAUGUACUGAUGUAAUUUAUUCCGCUUUAGCCAUGCCCCUGGGGUGUGGGGUAUUGUAGUGGAUUUUGUGGUGGAAAAAUAAAUGCUAAUAAUCGUUUUAGUGUUAUCUGUAGUAUUUUUGUGCCUAGAAUUAGUGUUGUAAAAGCGAAUACGUGAACGAAAAGACCAUUUUGCAAAGACAUUCUCUUUGGUAACACAAAAGGAGGACUUUUCAUUUUCACGGCACAUAUCACUUUGGUAACUAUGUACUUUUAUAAAAUAUCGGAGAUUAUUCAGCAUUUUCAGGAGAAUCUUCAAUAAUAAACAAUUUUUUUCAAAAAAUAAAAAUGUCAUAUUUCUUUAGUUUAUGUGUCAUGUAGAUCAUAAAUUUCUGAGUCCUUCACGUUUGUAAAGAGAUAGAUAGAAAUAUUAUACUGAGUUCAAAUGCACAUAACAUACAUGCUGUCCAAAAACAACAUUGAAUAGGGCAGUAGAACUUAAUUAGACAGUAGCAAUAGUAAAAAAUCAUUUAAAGAGAUUAA